CGCUCUCUUUCUCUCUAUGAAAUAAAUAAACCUUAAAAAAAACACCCAUGUAUUUAUGAGAAAACCUUGUUAGGAGCGUGGACAGGCAAGCCACAGAUGGGCAGUGCUCAGCACCAUGUGACAAAGCCCUGGUGUUUGCGCCCGUGGAAGGACAGCUCAGUAAUAAAAAGACACUCCAAUUAAACACGGGCACGAGAGGGGCGGGCGACCGGCUCCAUCGGAGGACCGUGUGACUCUUGAUCUCGGGGCUGAGAGUUUGAGCCCCAUGUCAGCUGUAGAGAUGACUUUAAAAAAACACUAAAAACAGGCAAGAGAUGUGAAGAGAGACUUCACGAAAGCAGACCGAUGAAUCGCCAGGGAGCUCAGAAGGCACACCGCCUCAUCGGCCACGAGGGAGGGCAGCCACGUGAGUCACACUCCAUGUUUGCAGCACAAGCGGCAGACUUGGCGGAGCGGGCCGGCGUGCCUGUAGGAAGUCCGCAUCCUAACACCUCCGCGUAGCUCGUAGGAACACCGGGCCGGCGGCGGGCCUGCUGCAGCACGGACAAACCUCCGGUGCGCAGCGCCGUGUGGAAAGAGCCGGGAAGGAGGGGGCCGGGCCGGACUCUGUGCUGGCGACGUGCUCAUCGCAUGGGGCGCUUCACGUGUGCGCCCUUCACGGGGAAGAAUCUCUAUACAAAUGAAUACGUAGCUAUUAAACUGGAGCCCAUCAAGUCCCGGGCACCUCAACUGCACCUGGAGUACCGCUUCUACAAGCAGCUCAGCGCCGCAGAGGGCAUCCCUCAGGUCUACUACUUCGGCCCGUGUGGGAAGUACAAUGCCAUGGUGCUGGAGCUGCUGGGGCCUAGCCUGGAGGACCUGUUUGACCUGUGUGACCGCACAUUCACGCUCAAGACGGUGCUCAUGAUCGCCAUCCAGCUGAUCACGCGCAUGGAGUACGUGCACACCAAGAGCCUCAUCUACCGCGACGUGAAGCCCGAGAACUUCCUGGUGGGGCGGCCGGGCACCAAGCGGCAGCACGCCAUCCACAUCAUCGACUUCGGCCUGGCCAAGGAGUACAUCGACCCCGAGACCAAGAAGCACAUCCCCUACCGGGAGCACAAGAGCCUGACGGGCACAGCGCGCUACAUGAGCAUCAACACGCACCUGGGCAAGGAGCAGAGCCGCCGCGACGACCUGGAGGCGCUGGGCCACAUGUUCAUGUACUUCCUGCGUGGCAGCCUGCCCUGGCAGGGGCUCAAGGCCGACACGCUCAAGGAACGCUAUCAGAAGAUCGGGGACACCAAGCGGGCCACGCCCAUCGAGGCGCUCUGCGAGAGCUUCCCAGAGGAGAUGGCCACCUACCUGCGUUAUGUGCGGCGCCUGGACUUCUUCGAGAAGCCGGACUACGACUACCUGCGCAAGCUCUUCAGCGACCUCUUCGACCGUAGCGGCUUCGUGUUCGACUAUGAGUACGACUGGGCGGGGAAGCCCCUGCCGACGCCCAUCGGCACGGUCCACUCCGACCUGCCCUCGCAGCCUCAGCCUCGGGACAAAGCCCAGCUACACAGCAAAAACCAGGCGCUGAACUCCACCAACGGGGAGCUGAACGCGGACGACCCCACUGCCGGGCACUCCAAUGCUCCCAUCACGGCGCCCGCGGAGGUGGAGGUGGCCGAUGACACCAAGUGCUGCUGUUUUUUCAAGAGAAGGAAGAGAAAAGCAGUGCAGCGUCACAAGUGAUGCUGGGCCCGGGCGCCCUGGACCCUCCUGCCGCAGCGCCCCCGGCAAGCCUGGCCCCGGCCACGUGGCCCACAGCCAGGACAGACUGCAGGGCCAGCCGCGGCUGCCCGCCCCCCACGCGGGGUCACUUCCUUCACAUGAGACUUUGCGAAAUUUCUACGCCCGUGUCUGGUCCUCCCCUCCAAGAGCAUUAACUAUUUCAAACAAGGAGAAGAGAAACGGUGGCCACCCUGCCCUGCGCCCCUCUCGCCCGCCUGCUGAAGUGAGUAGUCGGCCGCCCGUCCCAUUAGUCUCAUAAAGUCCAGCUUGUCUCCCUCGAUCCAAAGGCCGUUUUCUCGAGGGGGUGCUGUGGGCGUUGCUGCCGGGGUGAGCCUGCCCUGGGCCUCCCUGCACCAUGGGGGAAGACGGGGUGGGGGAGGCCCCCCAAACCAAAAUGCUGCACCAAAGCCUGGGCCGGCGGGCACAGCCCCGCAGGGUUUCCUGCCACACCUGCUCGUGGAGCUGUGUCCAGGGUCCCGGAGCCCCGGGGGCGGCCUCCUGCUUGGCACUCGGGCCACGGUCUGUGCCCGGGUGUGCGUGGGCUUCUCGUGUCUGUGCUCCACGCCGCCGGCGGACCAGCAGGAGACAAGCGCCUUAAAGCCCUGUCCCAGCCCUGCAGGCGCGUCCAGGGCCGGGCAGCCCUGGUGGGAGUGUGGUCCUUCUGGGCCCCCCCCGGAGGGCCCACGCUGCCUCAGGGUGGAGCAGCCGGGGAAGGCCUGGCAGCGGUGUGUGUGUCUAGGUCUUGCUUUACACGGUGUACAGAAAUGGCACUUCGGUUUCUCUGAUGCUUCCUGGAAGCCAUAGAGUUUAGGGGCUUUUUUAAAAAAAUAAAGGAAAAUGAAAGCAC